AGGGCCUCCUCCCGGGCUGCAGCCCCCAGCAGCAGGUGCAUCCAGGCCAGGCCCAGCCUCCUUCCCUGGAGUCCUGAUUGGGUGUGCAGAGGGGAACUUUGUUCCCAGCUAACCCAGGCAGGAAGAUGCAGAAUGGGAUAGGCCAGGCUGGCAUGCCCAGGGCCUUCAUCUGGAGAGAUCACAGGGACCACGCCUGAGGGCAGGGAGGAGCCAGUGCCAGACCCUUGGAAGAUCAGAUUCCUCUAGGUUGAGCUCUGGAGGCAGCAGGUUGGCUCAGGAGACCCAAGGACAGAGCAAGCCAGAGAGAUAAGCCUGUCACUUGCCUGCCCCAGCCUGGUCCUCUGGAAAGGGCAGCUGCCAGCAGAACCCCAGGGGGAGCUGUCCCUCAGUGCCUCCACCACCCACCCCACCUGCCGGAGAGAAAGUGGACGAUGGAACCAGGCAGGACUCAGAUACAACUUGACCCCAGGUACACAGCAGAGCUCCUGGAAGUGCUGAGAACCAAUUACAGCGUCCCAGUGGCCUGCUUCUCUUACCCCCCCACCGCAGCCCAGCUCCUGCAAGCCCUGGGCCCCAUGGAAAUAGCCCUCAUGGUCAUCAUGAGCCUCUUGGCCCUGGGCUCGGUGGGCCUCUACUUGGAGGAUGCUGUCUACCUGUACAGGAACACCGGCUGCCCCAUCAAGCGCAGGACCCUGCUCUGGAGCAGCUCUGCACCCACGGUAGUGUCAGUGCUGUGCUGCUUCGGUCUCUGGAUUCCCCGCUCACUCACACUUGUGGAAAUGGCCAUCGUUGCGUUUUAUGCACUGUGCUUUUACCUGCUUAUGCUGGUCAUGGUGGAGGGCUUUGGGGGGAAGGAGGAGGUGCUGAGGACACUGAAGGACAUCCCAAUGAGGACCCACACAGGGCCCUGCUGUUGCUGCUGCCCUUGUUGCCCUCCUCUGCUGCUCACCAGGAAGAAGCUGCAGCUGCUGAUGCUGGGCCCUUUCCAGUACGCCUUCUUCAGGAUCUCACUGUCCCUGGUCGGCCUCUUCCUAAUCCCUGAUGGCAUCUACAACCCAGCAGAUAUUUCCGAGAAAAGCACUGCACUCUGGAUCAACACUGUGCUUGGUGUGUCUACCCUGCUGGCUCUCUGGGCCUUGGCCAUCAUCUUCCGUCAAGCCAAGCCACGCCUGGGCGAGCAGAACAUGGGAGCCAAAUUUGGUCUAUUCCAGUCAAGUGUGAACCCCAGCCUUGGUGACCCACAGACCGCAGGGUGGGCUGGCAGGGGUGGGUGGACAUGGUCCUCGCUCACCACACCCGCCUGCUCACAGGCGCUGCUCAUCCUGACUGCGCUGCAGCCCGCCAUCUUCUCCAUCCUGGCCAAUGGCGGUCAGAUUGCCUGUUCACCUCCCUACUCCUCCAAGAUCCGGUCUCAGGUGAUGAACUGCCACCUGCUCAUCCCGGAAACAUUUCUGCUCACUGUGCUGACGCGGAGGUACUACCGAAGGAAAGACCACAAGGCUGGGUAUGAGAUCUGCUCAUCUGCAGCCCUGGACACAAGCUCAAGGGCCUGAGGGACACUGUGCUCGUGGGAGCACACGAUUUCACAGCCCCCAACCCCGACCAAAUAGGCAAGCAUUUCCAGGGACAGUGACAGCUGGUAAAACCACUGACUGGAGAUACAAGGGAAACUAUGCAAUGUGAUGAAAAUAUUUUGGAUCUUGCCCAGAAAUAUAUUUUAAAUUUUGUAAUAAACAACCAGGAUAAAGUCUGAGAAUCUGUAACCAGGCACACUGCUUCUGAGUGUCCCCAGCAGCCCAAUCAGCUUGGGUCUGGAAAGGGCAGUCUUCGAAGCAAAGCAGAAACAGUGGCAUGUGUGGGGAAGAGCUGGAGGCUCUGGCUGGACAAAAGCACACUCACUCAAUGUCCCAAAGACAGGAUUCAGGAUGACAAAUGGAGCUUUCCUCACAGGUGUGUCACUAGGGCACUGACACUGCAGGUCGGGAGGAGCAGAGCUUGCUUUUAGUAACUGCUAGCUUUGUGAGUUCCUGUGCCUGGCUGCAAAAGGAAGUGUCCAAUUGUCUGGUCAUGUUGCUGGUCCUGAGCAGAGAAAUCAGGAUACAAAUGCAGAGGAACUGAAAGUGCCAGGAAAGCUCCCAGCGCACAACACACACACGUGCAUAAAACAUGGAAUUGGAACUCUAGGUGAAACCACAAUGCCUUUAUUUGGCUAAAUGACAAAAGCCAAAAUAACUCUGAACAAAUGAAUCACAGAUGGGAAAAAUUUCUCACUGAACCCACCUGAGGCAAAUUGCUUACGAUUUUGUGCCGGAGGUGGGUGGUGAGCCCUGUUCCCAGACCCUGGUUCUUUCCAAUACUGUUGCCUCUGCAGGCAGGAUCCUCCACACAAAACACCCAAGCCCUCUUGAUGUUCCAGUCAGCACCUCCCGAAAACCUGGGCGGAAGGCCCACUUUAACCUAAAGGGAUGCGCACUAAGUCAUCCUGUUUAAUCCCAGUCUGAGUAUUAACAUAAUACUUUGGCAGACAGAAAAUCUUUCAAGACAAUUAAUGUUUUAUGAUAUAACUUCCAAGAACAUGUUCUGCCUAUUUGGAAAAAUAGAGGCUAGGGACAACUCUUUAGCCCCUGACUAUGAGAGAAAACAAGAGCCAAAAAUAUAACCUUUAAAAAUACUUAUAUUGGCAAGCCUUAAAAAUGCCAGUAGUGGUAAAACACUAUUAAGGGAGCUUUCUAAAAAAAUUCAUUCUUCCCUGUAUUGGUUCAACUUCCAGUGAGUAUAUGAUGACAGAAAACCUAGAAGCUAUGGCCUGCAGGGAAUGAAAAGAAAGCAGCAGAAUGGAAUCGACUUGGAAAGAUUUUAGAUUUAGAAGGGGGGUGAGGAACUGGAUGAAGAUGGCAACAAACUCCAGGAUGGAAGGUGCUCACAAGUGACGACAAUCCAGGAACAGUAACAAAGCACUGGGGACAUUUAGCACUGCCUGACCAGCCUCCCAGCCACUGUCACUCAGGUACUGCUACAUGAUCAGUGAUCAGAAAGAA